UUUAUUUUACAUUCUCGUUGAGCUUCACUUCCUCUUCUUCUUCUUCUUCACUGCUGUUCGCUUGGGUUGCAGUCACAGAUCUGAGGAAUGAGCUCCAUCGCUGGCGAACAACAGCCCGAGUUUGAGGCUGUGCGUCAUGCGAGCCGCGACCUCACCAAAGCCAUCCAACUCCGCACUUCGGUGCGUUGGAUCAACUUGCAUCUCGCCACCCCGCUGCCAGCCGCGACAGAGGUCAAGCCAGUGGAAAACCUCACAACCGAUCUCAUGGACGGCACCGUCAUUGUCGUCCUCGUCCAGCGCCUCGCGAAUCGCAAGGUCAACCGCAAGUGGCAUCGAAAUCCCCAGCAACGAAUUCACAUGACCGAGAACGCUCAACUGGCCUUCCAGCUGCUGGAUGAUUUUAUCGAUACGUCUGGGCUGAACAGCAACGGCCUCGCCGACAAGGAUGAAAAGAACAACCUCGCGCUGAUCUUUCAGCUCAUGUUAUACUUUGAAGUCACCAGCAAUGUUGGCCGCAUGCUGCUGCCUGACUCGGGUCACGAUUCCCACGGCACAAAGGGAUCACGGCCCACAGUAAGCGAGCUGAAACAUGCCUUGCUUGGUUGGCUCGGUUCCGUGACGGAGCAGGACGUGAAGAGCUUUGAAAGUUUUGCAGACGGUACCUUGUUCAUCAAGCUUGUGAACAGCGUCUCUUCCAAGGGUAUUUCGGACUCGGAAAUAAACAAAGCGUCGAAUUCAAUCGAUCGCAUGAAGCUGGCCUUUCAAGCUGCGCAGGAUCAACUGGAAAUUCCAGCCAUUUUGGAUGCCCACGAUUUGACAAGCGUCAUGCCGCACGGCUCAGAUCACGGCUCAGACCACGGCUCAGACCACGGCUCAGACCACGGCUCAGACCACGGCUCAGACACCCAGGGCUCCGGGGGUCAUGGCGCUGAUUGGAAAACACUCUCCCCUGCCAAACGCAACCACCACGCUGGAAGUGCCGAGCAGCGCUCUGAGGUCGAAAAGUCAAUCAUGACAUACGUCUCCAUGUUUGUUCCAUUCCGCUCUCGUGCGGAAGACCCCAAGCACAUCCCUGGGCAAAGCCUGCCAAGUCGGCCCAAACCUGUUGCUCGGAACGAUCCGCCAGCCGCAGCACCGACUCACCCUGCUGGACUUCUUUCGCCGGUUCCUGCGACCUCGCAGUCCCGAAGCCGGUCGACGAGUCCAACUCCGUCCAACAAUCCCAUUUCGCAUCCCAAGGACUCGUACGGCGUACGAAGCCCAAUCAACGAGGCAAAGUCGCUUCCUGCUCCCGUUCCCGACAACGUGGAGGCUGCUCGAUUGAAAGAUUUGCGAGACCUUUUCGAGCAAAACACCACUUUGAAGACGGCAAGCGCGAUAUUAAAGGAUCGGCUUGAGCAAGCAGAAAAGCAGCUUGCCGAGCAGGUGGCCAGUAUUCAUCAGCUUGAAACGGCCAGUGCACAAGAGAAGAGUCGAGCCGAAGAUGCCACCCACCAGAUCGAAGAAUUAAGCCGCAAACUUGCCAACACUCACUCGAAAGCGGAGCUGGCGGAAAACCGCUUGAAGCAGCUCGGCGAACAGCAAGUCAAGACGGAAUCAGAAUUAGUCGAUGCGCAGAACAAGCGAAUGGAGGCUGAGGAUAAGGCUGCUGGUGCCGCGACAAAGCUGGCCGAGUCUCAGUGCCGACUCAAAGAAGCCGAGAGCAAGCUAGCGGAUGCGUCAACCACUGCCGAUGAGUUGGCCGAAACCCAGCGCAAGCUCAAGGAAGCCGAGAGCAAGAUCGCGGAUGCGUCCACCGUUGCCGAUGAGUUGGCCGAAUCGCAGCGAAGGCUCAAGGAAGCCGAGGAUAAGGCGGCUGCAGAAUUGGCAGAAACACAGCGCAAGCUCAACGAAGCCGAGAGCAAGAUCGCGGAUGCAACCACCGUUGCUGAUGAGUUGGCCGAAACCCAGCGCAAGCUGAAGGAAGCCGAGGAUAAGGCGGCAGCAGAAUUGGCAGAAACACAGCGCAAGCUCAACGAAGCCGAGAGCAGGCUGUCAGAUGCAUCAACCACUGCUGAUGAAUUGGCCGAAUCGCAGCGCAAGCUGAAGGAAGCCGAGAGCAAGAUCGCGGAUGCGUCCACCGUUGCCGAUGAGUUGGCCGAAUCGCAGCGCAAGCUGAAGGAAGCCGAGAGCAAGAUCGCGGAUGCGUCCACCGAAGCCGAGGAUAAGGCGGCUGCAGAAUUGGCAGAAACACAGCGCAAGCUCAACGAAGCCGAGAGCAAGAUCGCGGAUGCAUCCACCACUGCCGAUGAGCUGGCCGAAACCCAGCGCAAGCUGAAGGAAGCCGAGAGCAAGAUCGCGGAUGCAUCAACCACUGCUGAUGAAUUGGCCGAAUCGCAGCGCAAGCUGAAGGAAGCCGAGAGCAAGCUAGCGGGUGCAUCAACCACUGCUGAUGAAUUGGCCGAAUCGCAGCGAAAACUCAAAGAAACCGAGAAAAAGCUAGCGGAUGCGUCAACUGCCGCUAUCCAGUUGGCCGAAACGCAGCGAAAACUGAAGGAAGUCGAGGCCGGUGCCGCAAUUGCUGCUGCCGAGGAGAAAGCUGCGAACGCAAAGAUUACCGCUGAAUUACAGCACAAACUCAAAGAGGCCGCCACACAGCACGCUCAAUCGCUUGCCGACGUGCAAAAGCAGCUGAAAGAGUUCAAGGACAAGGCAAUGCGGGAGUCGAAUGCAGCGAGCGAGGCAGAACCUCGCGAACGUACCCAUGUUGCAAAGCUUCAACAGCAUGCCGACAAUGUUAGCGCAGAGCUUGUCGCCACACAAGCCAAGCUGAAAAGCGCCGAGACCCUGUGCACGGAGCUUCAAGCUAGCCAGAGGCAACGGGAAGCUGAUGCAACUGUUCUUGAGCAGCGACUGGCCGACGAGCACGAGACCAACAUUCGCGCGAUUCACAACAAGUCGCAAGAGCUGCAAGAGCAAAUCGAACAAAUUUUCCAGGACUCGGCAUUAGCAUCCAAGCAGUCAAUGAUGUCUAGCUCGUGGCAGAUUGCGAGCUUUGUUGCCUCAUGUCUCGUCGUUGCCAUCGUGCUGGUGCUUCAAGCGCUGGAGUGGCGCCCUCGUCCGACUUGAUGUCGGUUGAUUCGGUGCUUGGGGGUUGGUGAAUGAAUGAAACAAUAGACACCCGAACAGUCAUCAUUGGUUUGUUUUGACUUAUUUAUUGUUGAUUUUCAAUGCUAAAUUCGGAAACGAAACACAGC